UCUUCCAUAGAACCUAAUAAGUGAUCAACUCCAGGACAGGAAAUGGCGACGGCGGGGAGCCGGACCUCGUCGUCGGGAAUGUAUGAGUCAAAUAACGGCACAAACGUUGGAUAUAGUCCUCAGGGAAACUCAAGCACUCCUGGUCUUCCAAGCUGUCCCGGUAAGGCGAAGAGUAGUGCCGGGGAAACCUCGCAAUGGAGACGCAAAGAGCUACUGAAAGUCCGAAGUGUGGAUCUGGUUAAGCCUGAGUCGCUGCUCCUGUCUCCCGAGACUGGGACGGCCCCGAUAUCAGUGCAACUGCACUUGUCUAUGUCCUCGCCUGGUGCGGUGCAGGCUACUUUAUUAGAGCAAACUCACUACAUUCAGCAGAGCAACUCACUAACCGAUCACCGUGUCUCAGAUAAAACAAGUACUAGUUUGUCUACAGACGCUCAGGAAUUAUUGAACACUUAUUUACCAAUCAGCAGCGACCAUCUCAGUCCCGAUAAUGGUGCUACCCGAACUUCAAUAGAAGUGAGCGCAACACAAAAUAGACCCCAGAGACUCUGACUGGCCUUACCAAAGCAAAGCAGCCCUACAGGGAGAGCCACGAGUGGCUGAAGGGCCAGCAGAUUGGCUUGGGGGCCUUCUCCUCCUGCUACCAGGCCCAGGACGUGGGCACUGGCACCUUGCUGGCAGUCAAACAGGUGACGUAUGUGAGGAACACAUCGUCGGAGCAGGAAGAGGUGGUGGAGGCUCUGAGGGAGGAGAUCCGGAUGAUGGCCCACCUCAACCACCCCAACAUAAUCCGCAUGCUGGGGGCCACCUGCGAGAAGAGCAACUACAACCUGAUGGUAGAGUGGAUGGCAGGUGGGAGUGUGUCCCAUCUCCUUAACAAGUACGGGGCCUUCAAGGAGGCUGUGAUCAUCAACUACACGGGGCAGCUGCUCCGAGGCCUGGCCUACCUCCAUGAGAAUCAGAUCAUCCACAGAGACAUCAAAGGUGCCAACCUGCUGAUUGACAGCACAGGUCAGAGGCUGCGUAUAGCUGACUUUGGGGCUGCUGCCAGACUGGCCUCUAAGGACACUGGAGCAGGGGAGUUCCAAGGCCAACUCCUGGGAACCAUCGCCUUCAUGGCCCCCGAGGUGCUACGUGGACAGCAGUACGGCCGGAGCUGUGAUGUGUGGAGUGUGGGCUGUGCCGUCAUCGAGAUGACGUGUGCCAAGCCCCCCUGGAACGCAGAGAAACACUCCAACCAUCUGGCCCUCAUAUUCAAGAUUGCGAGUGCCACCUGUGCACCCUCCAUCCCUCCCCAGCUGACUGCGGGCCUGAGGGACGUCACCCUGCGCUGCCUGGAGCUGCAGCCCACGGACCGUCCCCCCUCCAGGGAACUCCUCAAGCACCCCAUCUUCCGUCUCAACUGGUAGUCCCCAACAUCCUCCCCCAGUCCACUACCCUCCCUAUCCCAAAGCGUCCGUACGGAAAUACUACUGAAGGCCUAGCCAAGCCUGCUUUCUCUCCUCCUCUAAACGCUUCCAAUCAGACCAACCUCCCUAACCGCUACCAUUACCACCUUCCUUGCACCCCAGACCCUCCCCAGUCAAGAGUGGAGGGCCUGUGAUGGACAGUAGUAUCUGGGCCCUUCUCUGUCCCUCCCUUCUACUAUGGCCUCAAACUGCUGUAUCUUAGCACAAAAUGCAAAAAGCAAGUCGCAAAAUUUCUACUACGAAAAUGGUGCAUUCUUAGUCACAGAGCCAUGUUGGUAUACUGUAGUCUGUAUUGCUCUUCAAGGCUUUGUUCUGGUAAUGAAAUGGUUCCUUAAGCACUUCCGUAGCCAUUUUGCAGUGCCGCAAAGGUUUCAAGAAGUUAUUCCCAUUUUAACCCGUGAGUCAAAAAUAAGUCCUUAGAACCACAAAUGGAAGACGAUGGAGUAAAGAUGGUUUUUAUCACUUAUGUUGUAUCGUCUGGUCAUAAGUCCCAGAAGAAAAUCGUAAUGAAGCGGUUUAUUCGGUUGAUUUUGUGCAUAACUGCGUUUCUACAAAGAUGCCUUUAAAAUGUGCAUUUUACUGUUGGGCCAUCAAGCUUAGUCGAAUAAUCAUGAAGAUCACUUAAGUGUUUCAGGGAUUGCUGACAUAUCUAACAGAAACUUUGCUAGUUUGGCAAGCUUAACACUGAAUGUGAACGCUUAUGAUGCCGGUAUUUGUCUGAACUGUUUUUUUGUUUUUAAGAUUUUGUUUUUAAGACAUGAAAAGACAUAAAACGUUUUAGAACACCUACUCAUUCAAGGGUUUUUAUUUAUUUUUAGUAUUUUCUACAUUGUAGAAUAAUAGUGAAGACAUCAACACUAUGAAAUUACACGAAUGGAAUCAUGUAGGAACCA